AUGUCUUCUCAUACAACUUCUGCUACACGACCUUCAGUUGUUAAUUCAACUACAAGUUGGAGAAAUAAUACAAUUCGAGCUUCUAAUGAAGGUGACGUCGGGAGUGUAGAUAAUGUUAAAAGUUCAAAACCGUACCCAUUAGCCAACGAAUGGACAUUUUACCACGAUAAAUAUGUCGCUAAUGCCACGCCUGAAGAAUACGAAGAAAAUUUAAAAAGCGUCGCAACUGUAACCACAGUUCAGAGUUUCUGGUCGGUUUACAACAAUAUCUUAGGACCAGAACAACUACAAUUAAGAAGCAGUCUUCAUUUCAUGAAAAAUGGAAUUCGUCCCGUAUGGGAAGACCCACAUAAUGAAAAUGGAGGCGCAUGGUCAUUUCGUGUCAACAAAUCCAAUUCACAAGUAGUUUGGAGAGAAUUGCUCAUGCUUCUAAUUGGGGAGCAAUUUGAGGAUGUUAUUUCUAAAGAUGAUGAUAUCUUUGGCUUAACAGUAUCUUCUAGAUAUAAUUCUGAUAUUUUCGCUAUUUGGAAUAAGAAUGCAGACGCUCACGAAAAUUCUAAAGUAAUGGAUAAAUUGCAAAAAUUAUUAGAACACGAACUUCAAAGUCCAUAUUAUAAAGUCCAUAAAGAUCAUGCUGCGUUUAAGAAAUAG